UUGUGUGCCCAUAAACCAGCUCGUCAGUCGUUGCAGUCUCAUGAGAUAACGCAAAAUGUCUAACACAGCGACUGCACGUAUAAAUCCAAAGAAACAGACACUUGAGGAUGCUUAUUCUCCACCAGCAAACUUUCUCGAGAUCGAUGUGCUUGAUCCACAAACACACGGAGUCGCCAAAAAAAGAUAUACGGACUACGAAGUUCGAAUGAAGACCAAUCUGCCUGUUUUCAAGCUACGAGAUUCCGGUGUGAGAAGACGAUAUAGUGAUUUUGAAUGGUUACGAAAUGAACUUGAAAGAGACAGUAAGAUUGUUGUCCCACCACUUCCUGGAAAGGCAUUGAAAAGACAGUUACCAUUCCGUGGAGAUGAUGGUAUAUUUGAAGAAGAUUUUAUUGAGGAAAGACGGAAAGGAUUAGAGCAGUUCAUCAACAAAGUGGCAGGCCAUCCUCUUGCUCAGAAUGAGAAAUGUUUGCAUAUGUUUCUGCAGGAGCCAGUCAUCGAUAAGAAUUAUGUUCCUGGCAAAAUCCGAACCAACUAAAGUCAUCCUCUUUCACUUCAGCUGUUUAUACUGCCCUUCAUGUACUAGCUAUCAAACAGACUCAGAAAUGUUCUGUUGCUCGGCUUCAAGUUGAUCACUGUUAUUAUUGGAGGUAGAUGGUAAAAUAUGAAAUCAGUUUUACAUGGAACAAACUUGAAUGUUAGGCCAUUAAUAAGCCCUCAAAUGGUCCUUUCUAGUGUAAAAUGUAGCUUAUAUUUGUCCGCACGGUUGUAAACAGAAACAUGCUUUAACUAAAUAAUUUUGACACAGAGGAAAAGUUGAAAAGAAAAUCAUUGAGGGUGGUAGCAAGGGAACAUUUUACUAUUGUAUUUCAUGCAAGUUUAAUGUCAACUAAGUUUUGUUUUAGAUCCGUGUUUUUAGAGUGGAAAGUGAAAAAUUGUUUCAUUAUUUAUUCUAUUUUCUUUCCUACAUGGAAUGAAAUCUAACUUUUUUUGAUGGGAGGGAGUGUUAUUAAAUAUUAUGUGGAGCUUCUGUGUGAACCAUGAAUAAGAAUGUAGCACCCAUAAAAUUGUAGUUCAUGCUUGAGAAUUUCUCAUCCAUAUGGGCAUGCUCAGAGCGCUUUUAGCUGACAGCUGAGCCCUACCUGCUACUGUAAUGGUAGGUUAAUGUCUGUAUUCAGUGGUCCUGUUUUCUAUUUUGUCCUGAUCAUCUCCUAUUACUGCAGUGUCUGAGUUUUUGUGUGAUCUAGCUUUAUAAUGUUAAGGUGGUAUUAUUUUUUUUAAUAAGGAGAAAAAAAACACUGGUGUAGCAUAAAUAUAUUACUCUCAUUUUCAGAAAAGAAAACAAAACCAGGAAAGACUUUGCAUAAAACUUGAUUUCUGUGGUUUGUAAAGUUGGUGUGUGAUGUUUAAAUGAUAAUGCUGCAAGACUGGAAAGAAAUAAUUGGGUUUUUCGCCUAUCAACUGGAAUACACGUGAUAGUAAUGUAUGUCUGUGAACACCCAGUGUAUUCUGCUACAUUGAUGGAAUACUGAAUAUCUACAGAGUUGGAGACACAACAUGAAGAUGUCAUUCUCCAGAAAUGAAUACAGAUGUUAAUGUGCAAAUUGUGGGGCCACUCAUAGAUGUUGUGGAGGCGACAAAACUAACCGUGAAUUAUGUAUAUAAAACUGCAAAGUUAAAUAUUGUGUUGAUUUUUUUUUUUUUUUUGUGGAGGGGUCAGGUUUACUUGGCUGACUGUCUUACAGUGAAGGGUUUUUUAUAAAGACUUAGAAAUUCUAAGAUUUCUGAUUUGUUAGGCAUUUGAUCUUGUGUGAAAUGAGGUUGCAGUAAAUUCUGCAUGCAUUAACAAUUUAAGGUUCACCCACCAUCUUGCUUCAUUUUGAUCAUCUGCCAGGUAGACAUAGUAUAUCCAACUAUACUUGUGCGACUUAACCAUAAAGAGUUAGAGAGCAUUGUCAUCCUGUUAACAGUUGACCACCCUCUUUUUACCAGUUCUUUGUGUGUGGUCACCUUCAUUGUAGACAUUUUCUUUUUCAGAAAAUCUUGUAAUUUGUUCUUUAGCUGUCCAUUUCAUGCUGUCUGUACAUUUGACACUAUUUGAUUGUUGUCAACUCUUCUUAUAUAGUAUUAUUUACAAGUUUGGUUUUUCCACUCUCCAGUCUUUACCAUCUUUUCUCCUAAAAGUAUCUUUGUAAAUCAUCCCUUCUUAAAUUAUAUCAUGGAGAAGUUGCUUAAUUUUUUUCACAUUGUUUGUAUUCUCUGUUUAGCACAAAUUAUGUCAUUCUAAACUUCCUAAUUUAAAUAAUCCUGUGACGUGUUUUUUAAAUAUUUUUAUCGCUAACCUAUACUAAAAAGCUGAUUCACAAAGACUUUAGAGUGCAUUGUUAAAGAGGAAAGGCUUUGAAGUGUGAUUUACAAAGAUUAUGCUAAAAAAUUAAAAUCUUUAAGGGGGUGAAUAACUAUUUCUAUCUUAGAAUUUUCUUUUUAACAGGUCGGAAAGAACAUAGCUCCAUUUUAACGAUUGAAACACCUGUAUAACUUACGCACUUUUCUGUUUUCAGUUGCAAGUCAUUUUUCCCAGAUAUACUUUUCUCUUGUGUCAUUUCUACCCUCCAACCCUUUGUAUAGAAACACUUAUAUCCGUACCAAGGCAUGCAUGUUCUUGGCAUUAGCUGCUUGUUUUCCUGAUAAAAUUGUUUUUGUGCAUAAAUAAUGUUUAAACAAAUCAAAAUGAGCACCAAUAUUCUAAUACCAGAGUUACAUGAAGCUGUGGUCACGUGCAACAGCUUGUUACAUUUCCUCCUGCUUCUUUUAUAAAGCCACUUUCUGCCUUGACUCUAACAUGAAAAAGAAGAAAAUUAAAUUUUUUUGAAAUGCAGUUUUGAAAAUUUAAUGUAAUUGUUGAAUGAAUUAUAGGAUACAAGAGUAUGAAGAUCUGCUUUAAUGUCGUAAAAUUUGUUGGGUUUUUUUCCUCUUUUUUUUUUUUUUUUAAAUUUUGGAAUUGAACACGUGUACUUGAACUAUUUAUGCAUGUGAAAUGCUCAAAACUCCUACCUUUAAAGAGUUUAGACUAACAGGUGUCUCGGAGAAUUUUUUUCUUGCUGACUGCUUUGGAAGCUUUGUGGGAAAAUGUCUCCAUGUUAGGGAAUCAGAAUUCAGCAGGAUUUAGAGGGAAUAAACAUGAAAAUGACAAUGUCUCUAGCCUUAACUGUUGUAAACUACGGCUGCUGAGGUGCAUCAUGUUCUUAAUAAAAGUGAUUUUUAGUGUUGUCUGUUUUAAGACAAGAGCUUUCUCGAAGGGGAGGAGGCAGCUCUAAAAGAAAAUGAAUUUAAGGAUUGUUUUGGGGGAAACAAAUGAAGUGUUCCUUUUAGUAAAGUGACAACAUUUUGUAUUUGUUCUUCUGAAUUUAGUAAUUCUUAUAUCAAUCAGGUGUAGCUAUUGGACUGGAUUUUAGAAGCAGCAUGUCAGAACUCUCACAUGAUGGCCAUGAUGUACAGUUGUGAUAUUUGUAUAUGGAAGGAAAAACGUUUUUAAAAUUAUGUUUCAGUUCA